CCCCUGGAUACCGUCGGGGGAAGGUGUGUGCUGGUCCCGUGUGUGUGUGUGUGUUAAUGUCUCGCUGCAAUGGCCUGGAUUGUGUUCUCAAGUUCUUGUAAAAAGGAACCGUGAUUUAUAAAUGAAUUAAAUUAUCGAAUAAGUUUAUGAUCGACUGCCUAAUGGUAAUAAAGCAGGCAAGGAGCAUUUAGCGACACCUGCGGCUGAGUAACUCAGGUGUGCGAGAGGUGAAUUUUUCUCAGGUGAUCCCAGUAAACUUUUUAUCAAGUCGCCGUGUUAAGUUUUUGUGAUUUAAAUCGUUAAGAAACGCAAAUUUUCGAGCGAUUGGAAAAGGAAUUGGGCAUGUAGUAGGUGCAGGGAGGACUUGUGAUCACGUGGCUGGUGUGUGUGUUGAAGGAGUGUGUGAAGAAGUGACUUGUGUCGCCCAAGAUGGGGAAGGUGGCGGCGUUCCUCCUGAUCCUGCUGAGUUUGUCCUCGUCUCACGCUCAAGGUCGUGUACAGGCGCCGCGCUUCAUCGGUGCCCAGGUGGCCACGGAGAGUGUCGUCAGCGAGGGUCACACCAAGAUCCUUCAGUGCCAGGCCCUAGGAUACCCUCAGCCAGAGUACCGAUGGGUGAGGGACGGGGAGCCCCUGGGACAGUUCUCCAGCGAGCACUUCUACAAGAUCGCCUCCGUCACCAGGGGCGACGCCGGAGACUACCGCUGUGUGGCUCGCAACUCUGCUGGUGCUAUAUUCUCUGCCAGGACCUCCUUCUCUGUCGCAUAUAUGAGUGGAUAUAACAACACAGAAGAUACCGUCAUGACAGUACAAGCUGGUGAAGCAGCUAUUCUCUCUCUCCCUCCACUGGAUUCAUAUCCUCCACCCUCUGUCACAUGGCAGGCGGACGACGGUUCCUUACUGUAUGGGAUCAAAUAUGUCAUCACAGACCCCGACAACCAGUUCAUUAUUUUGGCAACUCAUCCUACAGAUAUGAAGACUUACAGUGCUCGUAUUACCAACACUCAGCUUGGCUUAGAAGAAGUGAGUGGAGGCAUUACUCUGAUUGUGGAGGGCGAUAAAGGAGAAAAUGAGGAGAUUCCUCCAUCCAUCAUUGUUCCUCCUUUCAACACUACCAUCAUCAAGGACUCUAGUAUUGCACAUUUACAGUGUAUUGCUAAUGCAAGACCACUUUACCAGUUAGAAACGCUUUGGUUCAAGGAUGAUGUACCUAUAGAGCAGUCUGGAGUUGUUUUUUCCUUCAAUGGCCUGUGGAAUCGUACUCUUAGUCUUCUCCAGGCUGACCUGAAUUAUGCAGGCACUUACAAAUGUCAAGUUCGCCUGCGUACCAGUAUUGAUGAGCCGAUUCAAGCUGCUGCACAAGUUGUCAUCCAUGAUCGCCCAAAGCUGAAAGAGCAACUUCCUGUGGACACAUUUGCUGAUUUAGGCAAAACACUGACUAUUCCCUGUUCUGCAACUGGGAUUCCUAUACCUUAUAUUACCUGGUACAGAGAUGCUGUAAAUGUUAUCACCCUCGAUGAUAACAGGUAUCGAGUUCUUCUCAAUGGAUCUCUGGCCAUUUCUGCCGUUCAUAUCAAUGACACUGGGAUGUACCAGUGCUUGGCCACUAAUGUUGCUGGGGAAACCUCGGCCUACACUUGGCUCAAAGUCAAAACGCGGUGGGGCGAUCUUCCCUCUAAUCGUGUACACAGGUCAUUGAGAUCCAGGGCCCUUGCUCCCUAUCCAUCUGCUCCCGUUAUGUUGUUAGCACCAGCGAACAAGACCGUGCUGGAUGGUCAGGAUGCUACAAUUUCUUGUCGAGCAGGCGGAGCUCCUCAGCCCAAUGUUACCUGGUUAUAUAAUGAUGACCUGGAACUUGUGGAGAAUGGUCACUAUCAGAUCUUGAGUUCAGGAGACCUGCUUAUUGCUGGGGUCAACACCCGAGAUGAGGGAAAAUACACCUGUCUUCGUUCCAAUGAAGCCGGAACUGCCUCAGGAAAUGCUUGGCUCGCAAUCCUAGUUAAAACUCAGAUAUCACAGCCGCCAGUGGAUACACGAGUCAUAUUAGGUCGGGUGGCAACACUACAGUGCAAGGUGUCCCAUGCUGCAACUGUGGCAGUGCAGGUCCAGUGGUUCCAUGGAAAUAAUGUCAUUGACCCUGAAGGAACGCCUCGGAUCAGUGUGCGGCAAGAUGGAACACUGGAGAUACAAGAAGUCCGGGCAGCUGAUGUUGGUCUCUAUACUUGUGUGGUGAUAUCAUCUGGUGGAAAUGAAACUCGUUCUGCAAGCUUGGAGGUGAUCGAGCUACCUUACGCUCCAACUAGUGUACGUGCUGAACGAACACCACGCAUCCCAAAGUCUGUGCAAGUUUCUUGGACUCCAACCUUUGAUGGAAACAGUCCUAUAAUUAAAUUUAUUGUACAGAAAAGAGAGGUCCCCACUGAAGGAAUAGUUGAUGAUUUGGGUCUGAACUGGGUGACUGUGGUAACCAAUGUGAGUGCAACUACCACUGAAGCUAUAGUUGGGGAGCUGAGACCUUCCACAGGUUACCAGUUCCGGGUGUCAGCUGUGAAUCAUGUUGGUGAAGGGUCUCCAUCCGAACCAUCCAACACUGUUAUACUCCCUCAGGAAGCUCCGUCAGGGCCUCCCCAAGGCUUAGUGGGCUCUCCUAGAUCAUCUACAGAAAUUAUGAUACAAUGGGAAGCCCCUCCAGAAGAUGAGAGAAAUGGAGUACUUCUUGGGUAUAUGGUACGCUACAGACUCUGGGGAUACAAGGAUGCACAAUGGUACUACCGCAACAUUACCAAAGAGAACCAGCACAAUUAUCUAAUUGGAGGUUUAAUAAUUUGGAAAGACUAUGAGAUUCAGGUUGCUGGAUAUAAUGUCAAAGGUGUUGGCGUUUACUCUCGGAGUAUUCGUCUCAAGACAAAAGAGGGAAUCCCUGCAGCACCACCGAAGAAUGUUAAAGCCACAGCUGUGAGCUCAACCUCCAUCAAAGUUUCAUGGAAACCUCCAGAUCCCUGGAUGAUAAAUGGAAUUAAUCAGGGAUAUAAAGUUCAAGCAUGGCAAAAUAAACCUGAGGGCUCAAUUGAACCAGAUAAAACCCGGACUGUUCCUCCAAGCCCAUACCCUGAUGCUAAUGAAUCUGCAGAACUCACUGAACUGAAAAAGUUCACAGUAUACUAUAUUACAGUGCUUUGUUUUACACAUCCAGGAGAUGGCACACCUUCCACUCCAAUAAAGAUUCAAACGCUGGAGGAUGUUCCAGAUUCAGUGGUAAACCUGAAAUUUGAGGAUAUAAGUGAUCGAUCUGUGAGGGUGUUGUGGGACGAGCCUGAACACAGCAAUGGCAUUCUUAAAGGCUACACUCUCUCUUAUAUGGUGAAGGACUCGCCUCACACCAAAAUUCUUCAAAAUUUAACUGCUGAUGUUACAACCUUUAUGGUCACUGAACUAUCAGCCACUACUUUCUACACAUUUGAAGUGUAUGCAUGGACCUCUGUAGGGCCAGGUAUACCAGUCAUUGCAACCCUACAAUCAGGUGUUAAACCAGUCCUACCAGAGCCACCUACACGUCUAGCCGUCUCCAACAUUCAGGCUUUUUCGGUUGUGCUUCAAUUUACUCCAGACUUUGAUGGCAAUGCUUCUAUUUCUAAGUGGACUGUGCAGGCACAGUCUUCCCGUAGCAGCACUUGGGAGACCAUAUAUGAAGUUUCUGCACCAGAUGCCACUACAAUUACAGUGCAAAACCUCAUCCCAUAUACAAAGUACCGCCUGCGACUUAUUGCAAACAAUGUUGUUGGGUCAUCGACUCCCUCUGAAUCAUCUCCAGAUUUCCAAACUCUUCAAGCAGAGCCAGCUCAUCCACCAUCAAAUAUGACUGUGCGAGCCAUGUCUUCCACUCAGCUUCGAGUUCGGUGGAUUCCUCUGCAGCAGUUUGAAUGGUAUGGUGCACCUCAGGGUUACCGUAUUCGAUAUCGACCAGUUGGAUGCAAGUGUGACUUUUCUGAAGACUUUGUGUACGACAACACUGCAAAUUCGCAUCAGCUCGUAACUUUGCAGGAGUACACACAAUACGAAGUGACAAUGGUUGCAGUAAAUGAUAUUGGCCCAUCUUCUCUGGCUCCUAUUGCAGUAGAAAGAACUAGAGAAUCAGUGCCAAGUACUGGACCAGAUAAAGUGAGUGCAAAUGCAACAUCAUCGACAACAAUUGUGGUGCGGUGGGAAGAGGUGCCCAAGAUCCACCAGAAUGGUAUCAUAGAGGGGUACAAGGUGGUUUAUGUAGGCAAAAACAUGAAGCCACAGGAGAAAGUGAUCCGCACCAAUAAUACGUUUGCUGCAACCAUAACACAGCUGCGGAAAUAUUACCAAUACACGGUACAAGUCUUGGCGUAUACUAGAUUGGGUGAUGGGGCACUGUCCACUCCACCUCUCUUGGUACAGACUUAUGAAGAUGUGCCUGGACCACCAUCAGAAAUUUCCUUCCCUGAUGUUUCCUUCACAUACGCACGUAUUAUCUGGGAUGUACCUGAAGAACCAAAUGGAGAGAUAACAGCAUAUUCUAUUGUAUACCACCUAGCUGAUAGCACCGAUGUCAACAACACUUUGGAAUUUGGUCCGACAGCCCGAACGUACAAGGCUGUUGAGCUAAAACCCGAGAGCUACUACAUGUUCCUGGUAAGUGCUCGCACACGUCUAGGUUACGGCCAGGCCUUGCAAGCUCCUGUAUACACAACAAACAACAGGGAGCUGCCUGCACCUCCUUCUCGCCCUUCCGUCUCACAUUCACAAAUCACGUCUAGAAGUAUCACAUUUUCUUGGAAUCCUGGCAGGGAUGGAUUUGCUCCUAUCAGAUACUACACAGUUCAGUAUACUGAAAGCAGUAGUGGCUGGCAGACCAUUGAUGAGAGGAUAGAUUAUUCUGGAAAUAGUUACACUGCUGAGAAUCUAAAACCCUUUACUCCCUACAAGUUUCGACUUCAAGCCACAAAUGAUAUUGGGGCAAGUGGCUGGAGUGAGGGCAGUGUAGAGGUCAGGACACUACCUGCUGCACCCAUCGAACCCCCGACUGACAUCAAGGUGAUCCCCAUAACAACUAAGAGCGUGCGUGUGGAGUGGACGCCCCUCUUCCCUAAUUCCUGGAGUGGAGAUACCAAGACCGGAGGUUACAGGGUCAAGUAUCGCCAGAUAUCGGAUAUUCCCACUGCCUUCAGUAUGCAACAGAAGGAGCUAAAGGAUACGUUAGCUAGAGAAGUUGUGCUGGAAGAUCUUCAGGUGGAUACAAACUAUGAAGUGUUGGUGGUAGCCUUUAAUGCACAGGGAGAGUCGCCAUCCUCUGCCCCAACCACAGUGUAUGUGGGAGAAGCGGUCCCCACAGGCAACCCCAAAAAUGUCAAGUCUGAAGCUUUGUCAUCAACUGAAGUUAAAAUUUCCUGGGAGCAACCAGAGGAGCAAGAUAAAAAUGGAGAACUUCUUGGCUACAAGAUCUUCUAUCGAAGUGAAAAAGAUCCGGAGGGUUCGGAAGAGAUUGAAGUAGUUGGGGCAUCGACUACAAGUUACGAGUUGUUGUAUUUAGAUAUGUAUACACGCUACGUCAUUACCAUCCUAUGCUUUAACCCGGCGGGGGAUGGUCCCAAGUCCGAACCCGUGUACGCUAGAACACUGCAAGACCUCCCGGGACCUGUCGCCAACUUAAGUUUUACCGAUAUCACUAUGAACAGCCUAAAAGUGGUUUGGGAUCCUCCUGCAAGACCAAAUGGGGAAAUUGUGGGAUACCUUGUUACAUACGAAACUGCCCGGCCUGAUGAAAACUUCAGCAAGCAAGUAAAACAAAAAGUCACAUCAUCAUACUUGCUGGUGACAUCAUUGGAGGAGGAAGUUGCUUAUGAAUUUAGUGUUAGAGCACAGACUAUUGAGUACGGUCCAGAGGUACAAGCAAAUGUGACAACAGGCCCACAGCCUGGAUCACCAGCACGACCUAAAGACCUGACACUAACCAAGACUGUAUCCAGUGUAACACUACAUUGGCGUAAUAGUCAUUCUGGGAAGGACUCCAUCCUAGGCUAUUACAUUGAGGCAAGAAAAAUUGCAGCCAGCUUUGAGUGGCAGAUGUACUCAGACAAGUGGUCGGUACUGAUGAAGACGGAAACCGGCGAGGUCGAGGAGUACACAGUGUCAUACCAGAACCUGUUGCCGUCCACCCAAUAUGAAUUCCGACUAAUUGCUUACAAUAAAUAUGGCAUAUCCUACCCAGCAGUUGCUAAUGAAAAGAUUGUAACUCCAUCCAAGCGAUUUCUGGAAUAUGGAUAUCUCCAGCAGCGGCCAUUCUAUCACCAGACCUGGUUUAUGGUAACGCUGGCAGCAAUCUCAAUCGUUCUCAUCAUCAUAGUCAUUGCUGCACUGUGUGUUAAGAGCAAAACAUACAAAUACAAACGUAUUGUAGAGGAAUUGUUGUCAGCACAAGAAGCAGCUAACAAGACUAUGGAAGAGUCAUUAAAUACAGAUGAGACAGCCUUCUCCACUUUUGAAAUGCGACAGUCUAGGCGUGGCACUGUAAGCAAACGGAGUACCUUGGGACGUAGGUCUGUUGUUGGUGCCACGGCUGUCGUAAAUGCAAAAUCACCGCCACGACCCGCCCCGGCCUCCAUCACAUACUCGGAUGAAGAGACAGUAAAAGGUUAUGAUGAGAAUCCUGAUGAUUCAAGUGAACUAACCGAGAAGCCAACAGACUUGUCCUCGACUGCCUCAGAGCAGGAGUCUGAAAGCGAAAAUGAGAGCCACCAUUCAGAACCACAUUCUUUUGUCAAUCACUAUGCCAAUGUUAAUGACACAUUACGUCAGUCAUGGAGAAGACAGAAGCCAGUUAGGAAUUAUUCUAGUUACACUGACUCGGAAGCAGAAGGAAGUGCAGUGAUGAGUCUAAAUGGAGGACAAAUCAUAAUGAACAAUAUGGCUGGAUCAAGAGCACCUUUACCAGGUUUUUCUUCAUUUGUUUAGGUAAGAAAUUUUAUAUAAAUUUAGACAAUUGAAAAGACAAACUACUUUAAGUCCUUUUUGUAUGUGAUACAAUGAUGAUGAUCUCGAGAUCUGAAUCAAUGAGAAGAGUGGCUCGGGUGAAACCAAGGAAGCAAAUUGGUUACUGCCAUGAUCAAUCACCUGCAGCUUAUUUAAUGUGUGUGUCAAAUGGACACUGGUCCCCUCUUGUCUGUGAUAUGUACAGCAGUGUAAUGUAAAUAUUUGUAACUUUUAGGAAUCAUUCUCAUAAACUAUGAAUUGAACAGUGACUUUGACUAAAGGGUUUUCUGAAAUAGUCAUAAGAUACAUAUGACUCAAGCGUUUGUAUUAAGUCUGAAGUAUAUAUUAAGAGUACAUUUAGUUUUGGGGGGGGAUGGGAAAGGGGGUUACAGUUUAUUGAACUGUCAAUAAAUGAAGGUUACUAAGUUUUCAUGUAAUUAAGUCAGAAAAUUUAUUCUCAAAUGAAUCAAUGUAAGAAUAUAAUGAAAUGAAAUUAGUUAUAAGCAAAAUAUUGAAAAUCACAAAGGUAUGUUUAGAAAUAUUUCUAUUUCAUUUGUUGGGGUUAGAAUUAAUCAAAAACUUUAUUAAUUAUGUAGGCAAUUAAUGUAUCAGUUUUGUCUAAUGCCAAAGCUAGGAGCAUUCAUUAAUGUAAGAACUCUUGGCAAUGUGAAUUAACAGUAUUUUUAUGCAUUUACCAUCAAGAGUUAAUGUCCUAUUUCAUCAUCUUUACAUUACCAUAAUCAUUUCACGUGUAUUACUUGUUACUGUAACAAUCAUAAUAUUAAGCAGGCAUUAUUUCAAUAUUGUAUGUGAAUAAAUGUGAUGAAGUUUUUAAGUGCAUCUGAGAAUUUUUAUGUAUUGAAUAACAACAAACAGCUUAUGAAUUUGGAUUAGAUUUAGAAUCAAAGUUUUUAUAUAGCAUUUUCUUUGGAUUCAAACACAGAUUGAAGUGCCAUUUUUGUCUUACUGCUUAUCUUAAUUUGUUUUGAAACCUGAUAUUUCCAUAUUCAUUGUCUUGCUGUUAGUCAAAGGUGUGUGUGUUGAUCAUCUUUUUUAACUCAUAAAUGGACAAAAUCACAAAUUCUUAUGGUUCUAAGGCAGAGAUGCUUCACACAAUAUUUGAGUAGAGUAGACACAACAUUUUUGAUGCUCAAAAGUCAUUAAGUUUUAUUUAUUGCUUUUGCUGCGUAUUCAACCAUUAAACAAAGUUGAGCACGCAUAUAUGCACACUGGGUGCUGCAGUUGGCACAUUAAAUAUUUAAUGUUAUACUGUAAAUGUGGAUGCUUUCAAUUGUCGUUGCAGACAAUGUCCUUCUGCACAAGUUUUGUUUCAGUUUCAUUAAACAAAAGUAAACAGAUAUUGUGGAAGUAAUUGAGUAGCCAGGAUAUAAUGCUAGUGUUUUGUGGAUCUUUAAUGCAGUUUUUAAGCGGACUGAAAUACCAAGAAAGUGACGAUUAAGGAAUAAAUACAAAACGUAA